AUGCCUCGCCGAGCACCACCGCCGCCAGGCUAUUACGAGGAAGAAUAUUUUGAACCCGAACGCGAAAGAUACCCCCGCACCCGUCGGCCCGAGCGGUCAUCAUUUGAAGAUGACGUUGGGUACAGACGCAGGGAAUCAAUGCCGAUUGUUGAAGAUAUGGAGCGGAUGCGGGUCCGAGAACGGCCUCCAAGAGACUUUGUGCGCGAAGCUUUUGUAGUCCCACCUCGAGAUCUUGAGCCACCUGUACGCAUGAGAAGAUCCGCAGAUGAUAUUGGACCCAUACCGGACAGGGAAGAGUCAUAUAUACGCACACGACCACGAAGGAGCAACCGCACUCGCGAUAUGGACCCAGACGAACUCAUCGAUGAAAGAGAGAUGCGACGCGGCGUACGACACCGCCCUCGCAAUUUUGAUGAAGAGUAUGGUUAUGAUGAGCGAGAGCGGCGUGCUCGAAGACCUCGCCCAGAACGAGAAUUUGAAGAGGAGGAAAUUGCGAUCCGGCGCAGGGCACAAAUGCCGCCGUCUCCGGUUUAUGAUAGCGAAAUAGAUCGACGGCCUCGGGAAAGACGAUACUCCGAUGUUCGAGAUGAAGUGUAUGUUCGCUCUUCUGAUAGCCGUCGCAAGCCUCAUUUUCGGGAAACGGAAUUAGAAGCAGACAUUAUUGAUGAGCGCGAAGAAAGACCGCGGCGCUCGAAAUAUCGCGAUAGGUCACCGACUCUGUCGAAGGAGGAAGAGAUAGUCAUGCAGUGGAAAGAUAGACCCUCUCCCCGUGAAAUUGAAGAAGAUGAGGAGCUCCGAGUGCAGGAUAUGCGGCAGCGAAGUUACCGAAGUCCACCCCGGGCACGAUACGGUCGAGGGCCACCAGGUAGCUGGCCUGAUGAUCGAGAACAUGAGGAUGAGGAUUUGGAUGCGGAGAUUGAUAUUCGUUCUUCAAGGCGCCCCAACCCUAGAUGGGAACAGAAUCAUGAGGAGCGUGAUAUUCGCACCCAUAGACGCUCUAGACUUGAGCGAGAAGAUAUCGAGGAGAAUGAAAAUCUAGAUAUUCGCUCCUCAAGACGCCCUAGACGUGAACGCGAACAUACGGAUGAUGGCGAGCUUGAUAAUCGCCCCCAAAGACUUCCCAGACAUGGACGUGGAGAUCUUGAACUUGAAGAAGAGAUUGAUAUUCGGUUUUCAAGACGGCCUAGAGCUAGACGCGGAGAUAUCGAGGAUGAUGAGGUGAUCGAUAUCCGGCAAGAUAGACUUGAAAGAGAGACUCGCAGAAAGAGUGCAGAAAGGGACGAGCAUAUCACUCGCAAAGACAGGUCGUCACCUCGAGAAAGGAGCCCGUCGCCGGAGCCUAUACGGGCUCCCCCAAUCCACCAGGAUGUCAUUACACACCACCGGCACAUUGAUCAUGGAUUCGAAGGAGUCCGACCGCCACGUGCACCAAGCCCAGAAAAGGCAUCCACGCACACUAGCUUUGAUGAAAUCGAUGUGCACCACCAAACCCGAAGAAGCGGCCGCCAAUCCGAAGAAGACAUCUCCUUCAAGCAUGAACAUCGGGACGAGGAGGAAUCUAUUUCGCCAACUAGCGGUCUGUCUGCCGACUUCCGCAAUCCAUGGAAACGUGGCGAGCGUCGUUCACGCCCUAGGCCCCGCUCGCUGAGCCUCGAGGAGGAGCCUUUGGUCACUGAACGUGUCCAUAGUCGUAGUCGACGAGGUAUGUCUCGCGAUAUUGUUGAAGAGGAGGUUAAGAUAAGCGAGAAAAUGCAAGCUGCAUCUUUGGCCGACGACAUCCCGCGUACCAGUAUCGACGAAUGGUCUGUUGUUCACGCUCCUUCAAAAGAAGAGACGGUUGAGAUGACCGGAGCCCUCCUUGACAUAGUUGAAGUGGCUCCAAAAGGUGCUUCCCUGGUUGAUUCUGAGUCUGAGGAGGAGGUUGAAGUCGAACAGCAUGACCGAGUUGGACCGAAGGUGCACAAGGAGCGACGCGAUGAACGGUGGACCGAGAUAACUAAGGACUUGGUUGUUCGCGAGGCUAUCGAGCAGCUGGGAUAUGAGUUUGAGGAGACGAGGAUGUUCUACUAUAUUUUCUCAUAUCUUGAGCCGGCUGAUAUUGAUGAGCUGGUCGAGCUAUCAGACCACAUUCGCCGAACUCGGCGGCGACGGAUCAAGGAAAUGCAUCGUGAACGAGCAUCGAUUCCUGCUCGCUCUGCCUCCUUGAUAGAUCGAAUGCCACCUCGGGUUCGACCAGGAGUCGGGAGACAUAUCAGGGAGCGAGAGUGGAUUAUUGACGAUCACCGUUGA